UGUACCAAUUGUAUACUAGUAGGAUAUCUAUGUCUCUCUUACUUUUUAUGUAGAAAUUUCAAAAAUACAUUAAUAUACCUUAAAAUUAUAGAAAAACACCUUUCUAACAUCGAAUUUUAGAUGUACAAAUCUCAUUUCUCUUUAUUUAUAGCUAUAUAAUAUAUUAUGAGGUUAGUAUUUAAUCAUUUAUCUCCCUCCUCCUCAAUCUUCAAGUACAAGAUUUGACAUUUCAUUCAUAAUUUUUCUUUGUCUAUUAGCUACCAAAGGUAGGAGAAUUUGUUUAUUUGAGAGACAAAUAAAGCAAAAGUGUUUGUCUCAAAUUGAAUAUUCAACAACAAAAUUUCACGGUUUUGAUUACUUUCUUUAGUCAAUUUUGUUCUUGUAUAAUGUCUAUGUUUGCUUCACUUGCCAUUUAUAAAGUUGCCAAAGAUGCAGCUGGAAUUGCUGGUAUUUUCUUUCUCUUAUUUUCUUUAUGAUUUUUACCAACUUUUUGUUUGUUUAUUGUUUCAAUUUUAUGUAUUUUCUUGGUUGUUUGCAGGUAACAUACUUGCUUUUGGGUUAUUUGUAUCUCCCAUACCUACAUUUAGGAGAAUUAUCAGAAAUGGGUCAACAGAAAUGUUCUCUGGGUUACCAUAUAUUUACUCGUUAAUGAACUGCUUAAUCUGCUUAUGGUAUGGAACUCCUUUGAUUUCACAUGAUAAUAUUUUGGUUACAACUGUUAAUUCAAUUGGAGCGGUGUUCCAAUUUGUGUACAUAAUCCUCUUCAUGAUGUGUGCUGAGAAAGAAAAGAAGAUGAAAAUGCUUGCAUGGUUGAUGGUUGUUCUUGGCGUCUUUGCAAUCAUAUUGAUUGGAAGUUUGCAAAUCGAUGAUGUUAUAAUGCGCCGGUUCUUUGUUGGGGUUUUGAGUUGUGCAUCUCUGAUUUCGAUGUUUGCGUCUCCGUUGUUUAUAAUUAAAUUGGUUAUUCAGACAAAGAGUGUUGAAUUCAUGCCGUUUCAUAUCUCACUUUGCACCUUCCUAAUGAGCACUUCUUUCUUAGUUUACGGAUUACUCAGCGAUGAUAUCUUCAUUUAUGUGCCAAAUGGGAUAGGAACCAUUUUGGGAACGACACAGUUGAUAUUAUACUUCCACUUUGAGAGUAAAUCGAGGAUAGACGCCGAAGAACCGUUGAUCGUGUCAUAUGCAUGAACACUUCUGCUGAAAAGGCGAAGAAUGGAAGAAGUU